CAGAGCUCUCUGCGCGAAGUGGUAUGCGUUCUAUGAUAUGACGCAGGCGGCCUCUUUCUCUUGCCACGCGAACGGCCAUGUGAAAGGCCAUGUGAAAGGCCAUGCAGAAAGCCACGCAACGCAUGCACGUUUGUCAAUGCCUGGCUGUCGAGGAAGCUAGCCGGCAGCGAGAAGCAAAAGCAAAAGCAGAGACAGAAGCAGAAGCAAGCUGGAUCGAUACCUCAUGCACCUACGGCUUUGAUACUACCACACUAGAUCGCCAAAUCGGAGACCCCACUAGCCACCGGACGCUAGGGAGAAUUGUCCAGGGCCAUCGGACGAUGGGCCGCUACGGAACACCAGUCCUUGCCUGUUCUGGAGCGCUUGGUCUCUCGGUCCCAAUCUAUCACGGAGUCUGGCGGAAAAUUCUCAUUGAGGAGCGUCCUGAGAAGCUUCGGAGCUUAGCCUGGACCAAAAAGACGGCUUGUGGGCGGUGUAAGACCCAAAGAGCAAGCUGGCGAUUGCCCAUUGCAGCGGGUGAGGCCGCCGGGGAUGGCUGCAUGCACACCACUGGGCUGCUAAUUCAACGUCGCUACCUGGGUAGGUAGGUAGGUAGGAAGACAAGAGUACCUACUCCUAGAAACCUAGUUCGUUUGCCGCUCGACAACGACCACAAAGCAGGCACGAAGGAAUGGUAUGACGAGCGUGUGAUUCCUGCCGCAGCAACCAUUCUCCAGCCCAGUAACAGCAGGCAAUACUAACCUGAUUGUUGCCAGCCCUGCCCACUAACCCGCCCGCUUCCCGGCCUCUCCCAGCCGUAAACACGUGUAUGGCCACGAG